CUUGAGACGAGCAAACGGAGCAACCUCGCAAGGAGGAAAGCUUUGGACCAGUUUUUCAGUGCGAAAAAAUGCCCAUUUGUUAUUGUUUGCCAUUUUGUGUGUGAGGGUUGUUUGUGUCUUAAAAAUUUUUGCUGAAAUUUUCGGAAUUCAUUGCUUUUUGAUCGCAUCAAAAAAUUUCGGAAUUUUGGAGAAGCGGUUUGAAUCGGCAAACUUUGCACCAGACAAGAAUGAGACUCGGAGACGCUGAGAAAUAUUUUGCAGCAUUCGUAAUUUAAACUGCGGCUAUGUGAAUCUGAUGGUGGCGGAAAACCCCUGCUCAUGGCGUAAAAUCUAAAUGAUGCAUUUGUUUCGCAUUAUCUGGUGCCCAGCAUAAGACUGUUGAGCCAGAGAAAAACAUCAUUUCGUGAAUGUAACCGCGAUAAGAAGAGCUUUCAUCUCUGUCUUGUGUUUAUUCACUUGCUAAUUUGCUGUAAACAUUUAAGGUCGGCAAAUAACUUAAAAAGUCACGAUGGCCACCAUUCCCUCCACAGCACCCACCUCCGCCGAUGCUUGUUUGAGUAUCGUCCACUCUUUAAUGUGCCAUCGCCAGGGUGGAGAAUCUGAAGGGUUUUCUAAAAGGGCGAUCGAAAGCCUUGUUAAGAAGCUGAAGGAAAAAAGGGAUGAGCUAGACAGCUUGAUCACAGCGAUAACCACAAACGGCGCACACCCCAGCAAGUGUGUGACCAUACCAAGAACUCUGGAUGGGCGCCUGCAGGUUGCAGGCAGAAAGGGUUUUCCUCAUGUAAUAUACGCACGCAUAUGGCGUUGGCCUGAUCUGCACAAAAAUGAACUGAAACAUGUGAAAUUCUGUCAGUUUGCUUUUGAUCUAAAAUGUGACUCUGUCUGCGUCAACCCCUACCACUACGAGAGAGUGGUUUCUCCAGGCAUUGACCUAUCAGGCCUUACUCUUCAGUCCUCUGGAGGACCCAGCCGUUUGUUGAAAGAUGAGUACUCGGCAGGCGGCCCUAGUGGAAUGGAUGUAGACACCGAGACUGUAAACCAAGCCCUAGUAGCUCAGACUGUCCAGCAUCAUCCACCGCAGUCUCAGUAUCAAAUUAUACCGCCGCCACAGGCCAUCAGUCUCUCUGCAACUCCCAGAGGUCCACCUCCAAUGUUGCAGAGCCCAGUGGUUGGUCCUGCAUCUGUCGAGUCGGUCGUGUCCCCUCAACAGCCAUCUAGUAAUAGUGGUUUCUAUUCUGGCUCUGAAGGGGUGGCCUCACCCUCAUCCAUUCCUGUGGAGCCUCCACAGCAGAGGCAGUCCGCGGGCAUUGUCCCUUGCAAUCUCAUAAAUUCUGGCAGCCAAAGUAGUAGCUCAAUAAGUUCGGUUCCGCAGCCUCGUCUGCACCAAAACGGAUUCCCCAGCACAUCUAGUGUUGUUCCGCCAGUAACUCAGCCAGCACAGCCAGUUGCAAAUAUUUCACAACCACUCCAGCAGACACACCAAAGUCACCCUACUCAAGUUGCAUCUGUGACACAGUCAAUGGCACCAAAUACUCAGAAGCCCACCAGCACAUCAAUUCAGCCGCAACCUCCGCAGGUACAGCCACCUGCGCAGCAACAAAGGGUGACUCCUGGCAUUCAAGGCACAUCUCAAACGGCAACCUUUACUGGCAGCCAGGCCACAUGGACGGGCAGCAACACCUUGACUUACACUCAAAGUAUGCAGCCCCCACAGCAAUCUGAGAUUCGCUCCCCUCUGCCAGGAUACUGGAGCCCUGAUAGCUCUUCGCCUGCCACCACCGUAGCUGCGCCUGCGACAAAUGCCCUUCGUAUGCUCUCUACGCAGCCUGCACCUGAAUAUUGGUGUUCCAUUGCCUACUUUGAGCUUGACACCCAGGUUGGUGAGACUUUUAAAGUCCCUUCGAACUGUCCAAAUGUUACUGUUGACGGCUAUGUUGACCCCUCGGGUGGACACAGAUUUUGUUUGGGAGCACUGAGUAAUGUCCAUCGAACAGAUCAAAGUGAAAAGGCCAGGUUACACAUAGGCAAAGGUGUGCAACUUGAUCUCAUUGGAGAAGGUGAUGUCUGGCUGCGCUGUCUAAGUGACCACUCCGUUUUUGUGCAGAGCUAUUACUUGGACAGGGAAGCCGGCAGAACUCCUGGAGAUGCUGUUCACAAAAUUUACCCCACUGCAUACAUUAAAGUUUUUGAUCUGCGGCAGUGUCACCAAGAAAUGCAGCAGCAAGCUGCGAAUGCCCAAACAGCAGCUGCUGUGACGGCAGCUGCAGUUGCAGGGCAAAUUCCUGGACAUAUGGCAGCCGGUGGCAUUGCCCCUGCCAGGCUAAGUAAGAAUAUUCGCGUAGGUCUAAGUGCCGCUGUAGGCAUUGGUGUUGACGACCUAAGACGAUUAUGCAUUUUACGGCUCAGCUUUGUGAAAGGCUGGGGCCCAGAUUACCCUCGAGGCUCAAUCAAAGAAACACCGUGUUGGAUUGAAGUGCAUUUGCACAGAGCUCUUCAGCUCCUCGACGAAGUUCUCCACACAAUGCCAAUUGAUGGUGCCAGAGGAAUUGAUUGAAGCUAUCAAUGGAGUAUUGGGAGAAGCCAUUCUUCAUUAUGAAGCCUUGGUUUCGGAAGAUUAUAAGAAUUUGUCUAAUUCAUCUCUUUGCAAAAACUAUGAUAAUGGUAGCUAGAUAAAUUUUUGGAAAUAUUUUCAUGUGGUCUUGUCAUUUGUGAAAUUCCAAAAUUUUGUUAUAAAAUUUUAUAAUAAUUUUAACAGACAAAUAAUAGACAUUGACUGUAGCAUAUGAUCAUACUUUUAGAAGCUUAGAACAUUGACUAGGGUAGUGAUGCUUAUAACAUUAAGAAAAAUGUGCAAUAAAAAUAUUGUGAACAGCUGUUUUGAAACAAAAAGUACACAUACAACUUUUUUGAGUGGCCCAAUUAUUUUUCAACUUUUAUUCUUGUAAGCAACAGAAUUACUUUAAGCUAUUUAAUACACUCGUAUGAAAAGUUCAA